GGCUGAUUUUCUAUAUUUUUACGAUUGCUUCGCCGUGAAGUGCUUACUAUUGUCACUGAACGAAUAUCAGCGUAGCCUGGUGAAUGACUGCUGAAGAUAGCGGUCAGUCAGCGAGAACGGAGUGGUUUUUUUCGUGUGGACAGUUAGUUCGGACAUACAACACAACAUGGACUCGUAUUCCCCGGGUAUGCUGUCGGCCAAGUCGCCAUACGACCCCGCCAGCACCGGCAACUACGCCAUGACCACCAUGCCGAGCAUCAACAGCAUGGGGUCCACGAUGGGAUCCAUGGGAUCCAUGGGGUCCAUGUCCAACAUGAGUUACGCACCACAAGGGAUGACGAGCAUGGGCAGUAUGGGAGCGAUGACACCCUCCAUGGGGACAAUGGGUAUGAAUGCUAUAGGAAUGCACAGUCCCAUGAGCGCUAUGAACAAUAUGAACACCAUGGGAAGUGUAUCCGCCAUGAACGGGAUGACCAUGGGAUCUAUGACACAGAUGAAUGGGAUGAGUAGGUCCCCCAUGGACCCUAAUUUGAUGCCAAUGGACAGAGCUCAAGCCCUAAAUAGAGCUCGGGAUAAGACCUACCGACGGAGCUAUACUCACGCGAAACCUCCAUAUUCCUACAUAUCGCUUAUCACUAUGGCAAUCCAGCAGGCUCCCAGCAAAAUGUGCACCUUGAGUGAAAUCUAUCAGUUCAUCAUGGAUUUAUUCCCGUUUUACCGUCAGAAUCAACAACGGUGGCAGAACUCAAUACGGCACAGUCUAUCGUUCAAUGAUUGUUUUGUUAAAGUUCCUCGGACCCCUGACCGACCGGGCAAGGGGAGCUACUGGACGCUACACCCUGACUCAGGUAAUAUGUUCGAAAACGGUUGCUACCUCAGGCGCCAAAAGCGCUUCAAGUGUCCGAAGAAGGAAUCCAUGCGGAGCGUGACCCGCUCCCCGGAGCUAAGCGGUACGUCACAGAAUGGUCAAAAUGCUCAAAACCCGGACUCUACCCCUACGUCAACGGACAACGGGUCAGGAAUGUCCGCGCCCAACACCCCACCCCAUUCAGUGGAGCCUCUCGUUCAACCCAAGAUGGAAACGGGCCACGGUACCCCUCCCGAUUUGUCCCAUACGCAAAUGCACGGGCACAACCCUAGUCAGCAGCAGCAGCAACCACAACAACAUCAUCAACAGCAGCCACAGCACCAACCACAACAUCAACAACAUCAGGCGUCACUAACCACGUGUACAACAGAACUAUCUAACGUGCAAUCGCUUCAACAUGACGUUCGGAACCAUUCUCAGGGAUUAUCCUUGGGUCCAGGUCAGUUAAAUCCUGCCCACCACCCAUCAUUUAAUCAUCCUUUUUCCAUCAACAAUCUUAUGUCCGAGAGUACCAUGAGCAAACUGGAUCUGAAAAUGUAUGAGAACAUGCAGGGGGGAUACGGUGCGUACACCCAAAUGUCACCCCUGACAAUGCCAAAGGACAGUUCGCCGCCUAUGUCAAAUCCAGACGGUAGUUACUACAAAUACGUACCACACUCCACAGCAAGUUUGUGAAAUUCAAAUUCAGUUUAAGUUUUGUUCACGAACGUUUUUUACAUUUUUAUUUGACACACACGUAUUGAGUGGAAAAGCUGUUUAACCAAAGAGCGGACAGUCCCUACCUUGCUGAAGGCGAUACUGUGCGCCGGUCGGCUUGCAAAAAGAACUCAAUUGAUAAAAGACGAACAACUUUUCUAUUUUAAGAAAAGACGCAUUUUUAAUUUGCAUGCACUGUUUGUGCACUGACAUUGUGCCGCAUUGACGGCAAGACGGGUUUCGUUUGUAUAGGCGAUCGGUGUCAGGGUAGCAAAAUACCCACAAUUCGGCUGCUGCUCGGCGAAUUGUGGCUGUCAUGGACAAUAAGCUGUUAUAUCGCUGUAGUCACAACCUAGACAAGAUUUCCGACACGCCCACUACUGGCACAACCCGGAAAGUCAUUGGUUGUACUCGGCCUGAAUUAGGAACGAACGGACGGGCGGACUCGACUGGCUCAAAUUCUUCUCAUCUAAGCGGUAAACAUCAUGGAGAUAGUCUUUUCCACCUGCAAUUUACCUGCAGAUCGGUGAAUGGUCAUGAAUCUCCCAGGUAACAUAUUCCGCUCCCAAAGGCAGCGUACUGAUAUCAAAGUGGACCGAAUAGGAGGAAAACUUAUCCCAUUUUUUUUCUUUCAAUAUAUACGUGUUGUAAUAUUUCCACACUAUUAAAUUGAUUAUCCAUAAA